AUGGCUAUCUGGGGUCUUUGGGUGAUUAACAAGGCUGGCGGUCUUGUCUAUCAGCGUAGCUUCGGAGAUGGACUUCCUCAUCUAACCUCCAACGAGUACUUGGUUCUGGCAGGUACUCUCCAUGGCAUACAUGCGAUUACCAGUCGAUUAUCCCCUACCGGCUCGAGCUCUGGGGCGCAGGUAAUAUCGGGUGAGACGUUUAAGUUGACGAUUCUCCUGACUGCGACAGGUACCAAGUUUGUCCUCCUUACAUCCCUCGCCGAAUCCACUGCAGAGUCUGUUCUGCAGAAGGCCUACGAGAUAUAUGCAGACGCUGUCAUGAAGAAUCCAUUCCACACACCAGAGAUGCCUAUCCGUAGUGAAGGCUUCGAUAGCCGGAUUACUGCAUUGUUGGGCUGA